AUCAAUCGAGAACAUUGUUCAGUGCCUUAUCACGCAUAUCUUACAAGUGGAUUGGACGAGAUCGUCAUUGAACAUUAAAGAUUAACCGCAAGACAUUCGCGAUAAUAAAUUUAAACAUGUUUAUCAAAAAAGUUUGCUUCAUCUCGGUUAUCUUCGCCGUCACUUCCGCCGCUCCAAGAAGAACUUCCAGAUCGACGGUACCAAUAUGGCAUGUACCAUGUGGCGAAGAUCCCAACCUGGAGGCUAUUUCAUCGGAGAAUUUGGAGGAAGAGAUCAAAUCCAAUCUCGAGAGUCUCAAAUUGCAGCAUCAGCUGACUCUGAGUGAUUACUUGAAUCGCGACUACGAUUACUUGUACGAGAGAGUUAGAAUCGGCAUACACGAUUAUCAAUACAUACCCAACUGGCUGCCCAGCAAGAAGGACAUGAAUCUUGUGAGAAGACUGGCUAAUGCUAAUUCUCAAACGAUUAUUAACCAUUUCCCGAAAUUGCACAUGGACCUUCAGAAAUUUGCUGUGGCAUUCGAGGAAUUAAUCGAAGAUGAGCCUAAUAUUCAGACUCAGAACGCUCUUAGGACGACUCAAUUGUACUUGACGAUGAUGCUGUGCGAAGUUGAAAGUCACAUUGUUGCCCUACCGUCUUUACGACUACCAACACGCGUGGAACGAAGUAUCAUGAACAGUAUUGAACGAAACCCCGUCGAUGACACAAGGAGACUCAUCAGGGACUGGGGCGUACUUCUUAAAUACCGAGACUACCUACAUGCUUGGAGACAUGUAUUUAAUUAUUAGAAAGAAGAAAAAGAAGAUUAGAGCACGGUUCACUCUUCUCAUCUGGAGAUGCACGAAGAGACGCAUCAGCUAUUGGAAAAUAUUUCCAAGCAAUGUAAAUUUAUUUGACACCUGUUACUGCUACAGUCAUAAAAACACGUCGCUAUCUGCAUAAUUGUGCAGUAUAUAAUGUUGAUGCUAUUGAUAAUAAUUAUUGAUCACGUAGCGACUAUUAACUUCAAAAUUGGAAAUUACGAAUUUGCCUCAAUUAUCGUAGAAGUUUCUAUAAUUAUUUAUUAAAGUUAUUAUUUAUUAUCAUAUCUUAAUUGAACAUUUAGAGUACAUAAUAUUUAUUCUUGUAGAU